CCCCCCGGUCAUGGCAAAGACACCUUAAACGCAGGAUACAAAUAUGUCAUCAGCCUGUUCGGUACGAGCGGAGUGCUCACAGCGGAAGGAGGACAGGUCUGUCUUAGGGAAUACGAAGAGGAAAACGCAAGCCAAGUGUGGUCCUGCGAAAUGAACUCAAAUAAUCGAUUUGGUAUGCGGAAUGGGGCAAGUGGGCGCCUGCUGGGUCGGAACGGACAUGAUGAGCUCGUAUGUAUCACGACCGAGCUCUUGUCCUAUGAGUGGCUUACUUUCAGGAAACUGAGUGCGGGUGGGUUUCUACUAAUGGUGGAGAGUACUGGCACCAUCGGAAAACUCUACCCAAUUCAGCGCACCGAUAGCAACAGCCCCUAUCUAAAUAUUGGUGAAGCAAGCAACCAGUUCGGCCUGCACAAGCUCACGGGCUCGGUGUUCAGAAGGUUUGAAUGGGUGGUCCCUAAUCGUCUCGCGCGCUCGUCUGCGCCUUACUACGAGGGCGAUGAUUCUGAUCAAGGCAUUAAUGAAACCUCAAUUGAGUUUCUAGUCAGCCGUGGUAUAAAAAACAUUAUUAGUUUGAAUUCCAUUGAGCUAUCGCCCCGAGAGAGGGACAGGCUUUGCGCUGCCGAUAUCUCUUAUUCACACGUCAGGUCCCUGGAGUUCACCGCACCCAGACAGAAGCAAUUUGACCAGAUCUGGAAAGCCUAUGAGAAAGCGGGGGCUACAAUCGUCUACUGUGGAUAUGGGGAUGGGAGGACUGGGAUGGCUAUCAGUGCAAUUCAGCUUUUCGAGGGUCGUACUCUGGGCGACCUUGAUUACAGGGCGAACGGUGUCCAAUGUCCAAGCCAAUUAGCCGCGCUAAAUGACCUAAGCGAAAGAAUCCAUGGGUGAGCAUCUCUUCCCGACAUUUCCUCCCAUUGCCUGGGCUGACUGGGACUUCCAAUAAUGCUGAAAGCCAGAGUGACGGUCUCCUAAAUAUGCAACCCCCGUCAUAUACAGCAUGGCAUCCGAGAAAAGGAGGUGAUAGAAUGCGGGGGGAUGAGAUCGUGGAAGAAAGAUAGGGUGAGGGAAACCGUGGAUGAGUGAUUGACCUCAAAGGUCUAAUGUGGCAAUAAGAUGAAGCAGGAAUUGUGCGAGCAUUGUUCAAUACUCUUCGGGGAAGGUAUCGCAAGGCGAGAGCACCAGGUGGAUCGAUUUAGCGGAAAAAGGUAAAACCUGACGAUAUAACAGUCGAGAGAGCAAGAGGGAGGGCACGGGGGUGGCCCAGAGAGAGGUUUCUUUGGUUAUAAAAGGUUUAUUUAAGACCGAGAUUUCUAGAGUUUAAGAUGGGCUCUGAGCGCGCUUCACCACCGAUUAACUGCCCCGCGCGUGCCGUGCGUGUUGCAGCGUGGGGAUCCAGAUCUUUUUGAAAAAAACUUCGUAGAACUAGAGCCCCGGACACCCCCACACCCACCACAGAUAUCAUAAGCAGUACCGGUACCCUAUUUGGCUGCUACGGACUUUUAUUUGUGCGGACCGCACGGUUGACACCUUACGAGUAAAUUCUCGUGGGCUUUCUUCUCGCUUACCGCCUCACGAAAUGCUCAGCCCACUCAUAAUAGAAAAUUGUGAGCUGUGAUAUAGUACGGUACCCCGGUUCAGGCCGACAAUCGGAUUGAGUUAGACACGGGGAUUAAAUGUGGUCUGUGGACCGGUGUUGUGAGUGAGGGGGUGGUCACGCCCAAAAUCCAACUUGACCCGUCACCCAUGUUGGAA